AUUUAUUAACUUUUAAUAUACAUAAAUAAGUAUAAAACACAAUAUAUGAUUUCCACACUUAUCAAGGAUUGUAGUGUAAUACUAACUUAAUUUAGUGUUGCUAAUUUGUAAAUCAAAAAAAUAAGUGGAAUAUAAUCAAGCAAAUUAGUGAUAUAUAAAAUAAAAAACAAUGCAUUUGAAAUUAACUGAAAAUAUUUGUUUGCAUACGUCAUCGGCAACAACACCAACGUUGUUGCUUUUUAUCAAAGUAGUUGCAUUGGGCGUUGUUGCAUUUAUUUCGCAUUCAUAUGUGUAAAUGUGUAGUAACAGAGCGAUAUUGUUUGUCUAUUUUUCACAUAUAGACAAAAACAAAUAUCAAUAAAUAUACUCUACAACCAGCAAAAGUACAACACAUAACUGAACUACACAAUACAGCGUAACAACAACACACAACUUAAAAACAACAACAUCAACAACAAGAAGUAAUAAUUGAACACGCGCUUCAAACACAAACGUCACAUACAUAUAUAUAGACGUCUAAAGUGAAAGCAGCGUGUGUACGCAUUCAAACAUCCCACCUCAAGGACAUUUUACACUCGUCUUCUGUGCUUUGCUGUGCUGCCUGCCUGCCUGCCUGACUGCUGCCUGCCUGCGAACACAACAACAAUAAGUAUAAAUGAAUGUCUUCUAGUUGAAUAGCAUUCCGUACGUAUGAGUGCUACAUUUUCCAUUUGUUGGGCUGACAUCAAAUUUGGGUAAAACAAGCAGUAGCUAAGGAGGAAGGAAGGAGAAGAAAAAGCAACAAAAGCAAGCAGUGCUGUUUGUUGCUCAACAAAUUUGUCUGCCUGUGUUUGUGCAUUUUUCGACUUAUCAAAUUGCCUGCUUACAGACAAGAGAAACCAACAAAGCAAAAAAAAAAGAAAAUAAAUUACCAUUAAUAGCACAAACAAAAAAUAAAAACAAAAACACAAAAUGGCUAGACGCAAAGGAAGUGGAAGAGGAAGACCUGCAUUGAACGCACGGAAAUCAGCAGUGGAUCCAAUAGGUGAUAAGAAAAAUAAUUCCAGUGCUGCAUUAGAGCAACAAAAUCAGGAAGAUCUCAGCAAUAUGAAGGCUGCAGCAACAGCCAAGCACUACAAUAAAACUAAAUUGCAGAAUAAUCAUCGAUCGGUAGAACGAAAGAGCACAAAUGCAACAAGUUCGAAUACUAAUAGUCCCACAACAUAUAAUAAAAAACACAAUAGCAACAACAACACAAAGAACAAUAAUGCAAAUUUGCAAAUAUAUAAUUCAGCAUUUGGCGAAACACACGGUGGCGGCAGUAAAGUUGCUGAUAAUGUAAAAAACUCAAAAUUAGCAAAGUCAACAAAAAAUUUACCAGCUACUUCGACGGAAACGGCGAUUGCGACGACGUCAGAUAAAGAUAGUUUUGAUCAAUUAGCAAUUAGCAAUGUUAAGGAUGCCAAACUAGAAAAUAAAAGAAAUACACAUGAAGAGCAAAAGACUGGGACAAAUGAAACAAGUACGAGUUCUAGCAGAAAUAAUAAUUUAAACAAUAUUAAUAAUAAUAACAGCAACAACAACAACAGUAACAGUGAUAAUAAUUUAAGUAAAAACAAUAGUAAUUUAAGUGUUAGCGAUAUUACUAGCAAUAAACAAUAUAAUAAGAGCAACACCAUCAACAAUAGUAUGUUGCAAACCACAAAUCAAAAUAAUAGUGAGACCACAAUUGGAGGAGCAGCAACAUCAUCGACGUCAUCAUCGCCAAAAGUGACUGUAAUUUCUUGGAAUAAUUCUAAAUAUUUGCACAAAAAAUUUAAACGUCUGGCGAGUACAACUGAAGUCGAUGGCAUAGCUGCUGAAGAGCAAAAUGCUAAUUUGGUCGAUUGUGUCAAUGGAAAAGCAGAUGAAAAGCUACGAUCAACAUCGUCUUCCUCGUCGGUAAGUUCAGCAUCUUCACCGCCACCCCAAACUGUACCCUUACAAAAUGCUAUUGUCGAAGUACAAAAAAAUAUCGAAAAUACUAUUCCGAAUGGUAUUAUCGGUUCAGUUCGUAAAGAGCCAUUAGUUAAUGCAGAAACAAAAUUUAUAAAACAGAGUGCCAAUAUAAACCCUAAAACAGAUGUACUACAGGAACAACUAAAACAGCACCAACAAGAGUAUAAAACAAAUAUAACUAACCAGAAUAGCAAUCCUCCAGCAAUGGCAACAGUAGAUAAUAUUACUACAUAUAAUAAUAUAAAUCAUAGUAAUGCUAAUAUAGUUCCAAGAACAGUUAGCAAUUCAAAUGUUAAUAACCACAAUGUAAGUCAGUCGAACGUAAGUCCUGUGGAAAUGGAAUGGAGUAAUAGUUCCGUAGUAUCUGUAGCUGAGCAAAAUAAUAGCACUGGUCGUUAUGUUUGUCAAUAUUGUAACUUGAAUUGUACAAAACCAUCUGUGCUACAAAAGCAUAUACGUGCCCAUACAAAUGAGAGACCAUAUCCUUGUGAGAUUUGUGGAAUAGCUUUUAAAACAAAAAGCAAUUAUUAUAAACAUUGCAGAUCUCGCACCCAUGCAGCUAGAAAACGUGGUAUCGAGAUUCCUGUCGAUGUUGAUGAUAGUACUUUUGCGGGAGGAUCCGAUCAAGAAAUAGAUGCAGAAUUAAGUAACAGCAGUUCGGAUGUGUUAAGUCGAACAGCUUCACCAAUUGAUGAACGUAGUACUUCAUCGCCGGCGCUGUUAAACCAACACCAACAAAUCCAUCAAAAUUAUCAUCUACAUCAAGUAGAAGAAAAUAUCUCACAGAGAAAUGUAGUGACAUCUUUACCAACACCUUCGCCAUCAUCAAUUUCAUCUUCAAAAAGUGCGUAUUUGCAACAACCAAUGCAAAUACAACCAACACAACCAUUGCCAUUAGGUUCACCUGCAGCUGGUACACUGCCACCAUUGACUGUAACAAUUACAGGAAAUACAGCUAUGAUUUCGAGCAGCGGCCAAAAGAAUUCAUUCGAUUAUAAGCCAUAUAAACCAAAAUUUCACAACGCUUCUCUGUAUGCCUCAUCAAAGGACGGUGCUAGUCAUCAACAGCAACAACAGCAGCAUCAAAACCAACAUCAACUUGUAGAUCAACCAAAAAUAGUUGAAAAUACUUCUAAAAUGUCACAAAAUACACAAAUACAUCAACAGCAACUGCAGCAACAGCAAUCACAAUCGCAACAGCAUCAUCCUUCAUUAUCUCCGAGUACACAGAUCAAAUUAAAUAAUCAUAUCAAUUCACAUCAAAUGCAAUUGCACUUACAACAACAACAGCAACAUGCCGUCCUACCAAUCUCAUCAAAUGCGGCCGCAAUUUAUUUUUUAGGACAGCAGCAGCCUCCGCCACCACCAACAGGCAACUUAUCUCAACAAUACUUUAAUGCAGCUGCUGUUGUACAUCAGCAGGCGUUAGCACAGUUUCAUAUGCUUACACCACAGCAACAACAACAAUAUCAUCACCAACUGCAAAUACAACAACAAUUUCAUCCUGCUGCACCAUUGUUAAAGACAUCUGCAUCAACCUCCCAUCAAAGAAUCAAUCAUCAAACAAUUGCGCCUAUACCAAUUACUCCUGCACCUGUUGCACCAAUAUCGUUACCACCACACCAAAAUCCACUACACUAUAUAGCUAAUACAACUUCAAAUACAAAUUUGUCCGCAACAAAUAAUACAAACAAUAAUAAUAUUAGCAAUAGCAGCGUUGCUACUACUCAAUCCAUGUCAACAACACCAACUACAGGUUUAUUGCAAAGCAACAAAUCUAGUGUGACCACUGCCACAUCUACUGGACUUAUGCCUUUGGAUAAGGAAUUUCUGCAAGAGCAUAUUUCCAAACUGAUUUCACAAAACGAGGCUAUUGUUGAAAACAAAGAACUUUUAUUACAAAAAAAAUACCCGAAAACAUUGAAUCGUUCCCGCAGUUUUAAUAACACUAAUAACAGUGCGUCUAGUUCCAGCACUAUGCACAAUAAUAACUAUAGUGCAGGCACCAAUGGUUUAAUUAAUACAACAUCAGUUGCUAGCGAAAGUACAAAUGCAAAAAUUGCUCAAGCAAUUGUGCAAAAGCAACAACAACAGUUACAACAUCAAUUACAACAACAACAACAGCUUCAACAACAACAACAUCAUCAUCAGCAGCCACAAUAUCAUCAGGUUCCACAUCAGACUUUAGCACAUCCGGUUAAUCAAUUACGAUCAGAAGAGAUGCUUCAAAGCAGUGGCCCACUGAAUGGUAUAUCGAAGCACAUAACCAAUACAAAACCACCAACAGCAUUAAAUAUAUUACCACAGCAACAGCAUCAACCACAACCUCAACCACAGCAAAAUGCUCAAUAUAGAACUGCCCAUCAUGUUCCACAAUCUUUACAAACUCAAGCUCAACAUAUGCUUAAGGAAGUUAUUUCAAUUUCCAGUGGCAAUAUUCCAUUAAAUUUAUCUGCUAAGCCUAAAAUAAACGAGGAAGCGCCGUCAACUUCACCAUCAUUAGGCAUAAACAAUAAUACUACUAUACAAGCUACGAACAAUUUUGCACCACGUAAGCGUCAAUCAAUUGAACACCAGGUCUCAGCCCUAUCUUGCGAGACUUCAUCAAGUAGCUCUAGUGGUAGUAUCAAUAUUAAAAAUCCACCAAAUAAUUCCAUAAUAAAGAAUUUGCUUUUAAACGCACGGGGACUUGCGGUGCCAACAGGCGAAGGUGAAGACGCUGUUUAUGUAUGUCCUCUCUGCUCCUUAGAAUUUCGUACUGCAGAGGACUUGCAGUUACAUAACAGUAGUUACUGUCAAGGUGCAUCAUCAAGUGCUCCAAUUAGUCCAGUAGCCUCACCUUCUUAUAAAUAUUUUCGUUCAAACUCUAUUUCUUUAAAUAUACCUGAACUUAAGGACUCCUUUCGACGAGAACUAUCAAAAAAUCCACUGUCGUUAGUGAAAUUAGCUUGGUCACAGUUAAAAACUAAACCAAGUUCUUUAGUACUAAGUCGCUUGAGUGCCUCUCAGGCUGGCAGCUCCAAGGUAACAGCAUCCAGUACAGCAACAUCAACUUUACCAGUUACCUUAAAUAACAGUAGCAAUACUGCUUCCACAUCUGCGGCUACAGCAUCAACUGGUGCUGACAAUUCGCUUAUAUUAGUUGAUGCUCCGCUUCCAUCGCCAGGACCACUUCUAGGCAAAACACCUUUGGUUGAUUCAUAUAAUAACAGCAAUGAAGACCGUAAAUCAAAAGAUGUUAUUAUAACGAAAAUGCAUGAAGAUCGUCAAUUUUCAAAUAUAAGUUCAGAACACUUAGCAAAUAAGAGACCAAAAUAUGAGGCUGGCCUUUGUGAAAAUUUAUCUAUUUCUCCAUCAAAACGUGUAAGCACUAACAAGUCUAUAACUGGAGAAACAUCAUUACACAAUCUUGCUGGUUCUAAUGAUUUGCCAUUUUAUAAUAAAAAAGAAGAACGCUUAAAACGAUUCACAUCUUCAGGUGGUUCCAUGAUACCAAUAUCAGAAUGCCAAGAGUAUGAAAAAAGUCCAAAAAUGAUACGAACACCAUUAUUAUCGGGUGGUAGUUUUCAAGAAGUUUCACCAAAAGUCAAAGAUAAUGACACUAAAAAUAUAUUAUCUCUAAAUCCUCCAGUAUCCAAACUUAAUUCAUCAAACAUGAAUUUAUCAAAUGGUCCUCAACAUUUUCAAUUUCCGCCUAUUAACUCUAUUACAGCAUUUAAUCCUUUAACAUUGCCAAUACAAAGUAGCAUGGAAAAAAUUAUACCAUAUGUACCAGGAAUACCUGGACCGAAUAAUUUGAUGACACCUCAACUGCCACCAUCUCAAAACUUGCAAAUACCAAAUCAACAUCUAACAUCAACUAGCCGAACGUUGUCACCAAAUCACAAAAAAUCAUCAAGUCCAAUGCCAACUGCCAAUGAUACUGCAAAUAAAUUGUUAAUUCCUUCAAUAACACAAAGUGCAGAUUUGAAGCCACUCUCACCUUUUGGAGGAGUACAAAACGUCCCAAGUGAAUUUUCACGCAUUCCACCUUCACCGGUUUUGCGAAACGUACGCAAUUGGUCAGGAUUACCACAGGGUUCGAGUCAAACACAAAAGCAAGCAACAUUAAACGCCAUUGAAACACCUAAGAAAAGCUUUAAUUUUUUGCGUAUGGCAGAUAAUCUUAGUCCACGCAAAAAUAUAAGUGCUGCAGCUGCUUCAACUUCAGUGACAAUACCAAAAAUAACUGAACAUAUUGAAAAAGAAGUCCGGCAUUUUAAUUUUGACAACAUCUCGAAGGAAAACAGUGAUGUGAUUACAAAUUCGCAAAUAGGUCGUGCAAAUCUGACAUCAACUUUAACACCGCUUCAUGUGGACACUACUGGGCAAAGCCAACCAACAAAUCCAUCAACUCAAAGUACUUCAGAAACCGAUGCUAAGAAAUCCAAAUUUUUACGCCCCACAACUUUGCCGUUAAAACCUGGUACAUUUACACCUAAAAAGCAUCACGGUAUUACACCCAAUGCUAACACUUUACCACUGAUUUCACCAGAGACUCCACGACCUUCAAAAGCAUUUGUACAACUUUAUUUGAAUGGACAUGCUUAUACAUAUUUGGGUCUUAAAAGUAGUACAAAAACAUUUUACUGCACAGUUAAUUGUCCACAACCUUCUUAUGUAGCUGGAAUGCAUAAGCUCUCAAUGUAUAGUGUAUGGCAAGUAUGUGCUGAAAAUAAUCCACAUCCCCUAGGAUUUAAGCCGAAAGUUGUGAUGUCCUUAUAUGAUUCACGUCAUAAGACAAUUGCAAAUACAAUGGCCGGUGCCAACAAUCUUGAAUAUUCUUCAGUAGUUUCACAACAAACUGUCAUGACACCAUUUGUGGCGAGUAAUCCAGGACAAUAUUAUCAUCAUCAGAUUAAACAGCUAAGCACAACAGGAACCACUUCAUCAGAACAAUUGAAAAUUGAAUCUGACGAUUUAGCAUCAAUUAAAAAGGAGGCGAAUAUUGUAAACUCUGCCGGGGGAACCUCAUCAAAUGCUUCCAAUCAAAUGCUUGUUGGUGGUUAUGAAUCGCACGAAGACUAUACGUAUAUUAGAGGUCGUGGAAGAGGGCGUUAUGUUUGCUCUGAAUGUGGUAUACGUUGUAAAAAGCCUUCAAUGCUGAAAAAACAUAUACGCACCCAUACCGAUGUAAGGCCUUACACAUGUAAACAUUGUAAUUUUAGUUUUAAGACAAAGGGAAAUCUGACGAAACAUAUGCAAUCAAAAACUCACUUCAAAAAAUGUAUUGAGUUGGGUAUACACCCAGGACCCAUGCCAGCUGAUAGUGAAUUCUCUGAGCCUGAUGUAGAAUUUGACCAACAGUCCAGUACAUCUGCUGGUGGUCGAACAUCUUCUAUACCAGGUGAAUCUGACACCGACGAUUCAACUGAUAAUGAGACCGAAAGCAGUGAUACUGAUGAAUCUAAAUCACGUUUACAAGAACAGGAAGCUGCAAGAUGUUUACUUUCACUAUCUAUGACUCCUCCAAUUACACAAAGCGUUUCGCCACAACUUAAAAGUGAACAUUACAAUUUUCAACAAGUUAAUACUACUGAAACGAUCGCUUCGGCAUUCGUAAACCACGCAUCCGAACCACCUUUAGCUCAAGUAACUAAUAUUAAACGAGUUGAGUCAUUCACAUUACCAAAACCACCUUUCGAUUAUCAAAAACAAGAAAAAUACUAUUCGAAUCCGGAAGAGUCAAAACCAAAAAAUACCACUACAAGUGCUAAUUUUGAAAGUGCACCAAUUGAUUUAACUAAGCCACGUGUUGCCGAAUCUACUACAUCAAUCGGUGCUCCGACACAAACGGCAUUUAAGCCAACUGGCUCUUCAUAUGAAGUACGCGAACUAGUCGCUGCUAUGCCCGGUCCCUUACAAACUCAAGCACAGAUACGCGACGUAAUAUUCGGUAAUAGUAACAAUGAAUCUGGUUUUCUUAAAACUCUAAUCUUCGCGUCCGACAAAGUACGUACCUCAGCAGAGGUAACGGAAGAUUCGAAAAAAAUCAACGAAAAUAUUUUAUUGCAAGCUUAUAUCACUGAACAAGCACUACAGCGUACAAAAAUUAAACAAAGUCAAAUGAAUCGCAGUUUUCCAGAUCAAUUAAAUAUGGGAAGUGCUAAUCAAAACUGCACUAAUACCAUAACAGUGGUCAGUAAUUCAGGUAGCAACAAACAAGUACUUAGCCCAAUCAAUAGUUCGCAAGCAGACACCCAUUGGACUACUAAUAUAAAUGAAAAUAAUCUUAAAUCAAGUCCUGCUAUGCCGAUUAUGAGUUUAGAACCACUUCCCAACAGUAAAGUUAAAGAUAUUUCAGCAGAUAAUACAAGCAGCGAACGAUUAACAACGUUUGAAGAAAAUAAACAAAAACCUACCGAAUUAACUGAAUCAAAUAAAAACAAAUUACCAAUUAACACAAACAAUAAAACAAAUAAAGUAAAUGAAGAAACUGAGGAUAUUGAAUUUGCGGUAGAUCCGGUUGAAUCAUUGUCGAAACUUAAACCACCAACCAAUAAUCAAAUUAAUCAAAUAAGUACCAGUAAGAGUAUGAACACACCCAACACUGAACCACAAAUUCAUAAUUCUAAUUUACCAGCUGCCGUACAACAGCCUGGUACAACCGAUUUUUCAGGGGUACUAUCUGCACCAACUCGAACUGUUAUAGUUGGAGAAGAUGUAUUUCCAAAAUCUGCAAGCAAUGAAAUGCAACCACGCGCUUAUCCACGCGUACCUAUAUCGACUGAUGGUCGUCCUGUAUGUACAAUAUGUUCCAAAACCUUUCAGAAACAGUCGCAGUUAUCACUGCAUAUGAACAUACACUAUAUUGAACGUAAAUUUAAAUGCGAACCUUGUGGAUUUUCAUUUCGUAUGCAGGGUCAUUUACAGAAACACGAACGUUCAGAGGCACAUAAAAAUAAAGUUAUGAUGAUUUCGACAUUUGGUGUGCCGACUAGUUCAAAUCCACGUCCUUUCGAAUGUACUGACUGCAAAAUCGCUUUUCGUAUACAUGGGCACUUAGCUAAGCAUUUGCGUUCUAAAACCCAUGUACAAAAAUUAGAAUGUUUGCAAAAACUACCAUUUGGCACAUAUGCAGAAAUUGAACGUGCUGGCAUCAGUUUAACUGAAAUUGAUACCAGUGAUUGUGAUAACUCGCUGAUAUCUCUAAAGCUUUUAGCACAAAAACUUAUCGAAAAAGAUCCUACAAAAUUAAAUAACUAUACAACGCCGUCUGGUAUGCCUAGCUCAGAUGCUAAUUCAAACACUGGUAUUGGUUCACAAGAUAGUGCAUCCGAAGAUGGUUUCAGUGCAGCGGCAAGUGCAGCAGCUUCAGCGAUUGCUUCACUUGAUAAUGAUAGCGCAGCAAGUACACCACAACGAACAAACUCAAUGUCAGAAGAUGAAACAAUAGCUGCCAGUUUAAAUAAUAAUCUAAAACGGCGGUUGCCAGGCAGCUUUAGUAAUGGUGAAGAGAGCGAUAACCCAAUUGAAAAUGAGAAACGUAUCUGCUUGGAAGGACGAAGUGCUGUAUCUUCUCCAGCUCCUAACUAUACAGCAACAAAUACUAAUAACUGAUAUUAUGCAUAUAUUCCAUACCAUGGAUCAACAAAAAAUAUGAUGCCCUUGCAGCGACAGAAUGAUCGACAUGCUUCUUAUGUGCCAAAUAGUUAUAACUUUAAUUUAAUACAAAAACGACAAUGAGUUGUGCUAUAAUCACAGAUAGUAGAUGAAUAAUAUUUUUUGAAUAAAAAUAAUUAAAUCUCAUUAUGAUGCUAAAGAUUAUUGAAAAACAUUUUAGAAAAAAAUUGACCAAUCAACUUUUUAAACCAUAUCCAAAAUUAUGCAUAUCGACUGUGAAAAUAGAGAAAUAAAAAACAUUUAAGGAUAUUAUAAAAAUAUCCUUAAAAAUAACUGCGUUGUAAGCACUACUCUAGAAGUUAUAUUCGAAAAAAAAACAAAUUUUAAAUACUAUAAAUGAAUACUAAAAAUAUUAUAAAUGUUAUCAGUGUAAUUAAAACAUUAAUUUAUAUAUAAUUGCCAAUUGAACGAAAUAAGUUUUCUCCUUUGUACAUAAGUUAUAUCAUAAUAGGCCCAUUUUUAGGGCCUAAGUAAGCCAGUCUUUCUGCAAGACAGGCUGCAGGCUUGCACCUACCUAUCUAUAUAAGUUAUUAUAUGGUCCACUUACUGGAAUAACCUAAGUGAAGACUGUUACAGUUAGCUGUUAGCAUCUAAUAGACAUUAAAAGUCUAUGAUAUAUAGAUUAAUAUAUAAUUAACUAACAAAUCUUUGGUAUCAUUUUGUAUUUAAUUA